GACAACUACACCAAUGAAAAAACCAAACUCACAUCUUUUGGUUUUCAAACACAUACAACAAUUUAAUCCCCAACACAAGAAAAACAUCAUUUGCAUUUCCCUUCCCAUCCCAUCCCAUAAUGGAAACUCACUUAAACACUUCUCUCCUAACUGUGACUCACCAUGUCAGUACUCUCCUCCUUCUCCUUCUUCUAUAUUCCACCACCACCAUAACUGCAGCCCCCUUAUACAAGCUAGAGCAGGAGAGGGACAGGAUCACUGCAUUGCCCGGGCAGCCGCCGCAGCUGAACUUCUCCCAGUACUCCGGAUAUGUCACCGUGGACUCGAAUGCCGGAAGGGCUCUGUUCUACUGGCUCAUCGAGGCUCCACUUGAACGAGGCCCCGCUUGGAGGCCGCUCAUCCUGUGGCUGAACGGUGGGCCCGGGUGCUCGUCUGUGGCGUACGGCGCGUCGGAGGAGGUGGGGCCCUUCCGUGUUAGACCGAACGGCCGCAGUCUCUAUCUAAAUAAGUAUGCUUGGAACAGAGAAGCGAAUUUGCUCUUUCUCGACUCGCCCGCUGGCGUUGGAUUCUCGUACUCGAACACGUCUUCCGAUAUUUACACCGUUGGCGACAGGAGAACUGCCAGAGAUGCGUACAUGUUUCUCAUCAGGUGGUUAGAGAGGUUUCCUCAGUACAAGUAUAGGCCUUUCUACAUUGCCGGGGAAAGCUAUGCAGGUCAUUACAUUCCCGAGCUAUCUCAACUCAUUGUACGACGCAACAAGGGAGCGAAAAAACCUGUCCUCAAUUUCAAAGGCUUUCUGCUGGGGAAUCCGGUCCUAGAUGAUUUCCACGACAACGUAGGGACGUAUGAAUACUGGUGGAACCAUGGGUUGAUCUCGGACACCACCUACUCCGAGCUCAACCGGUCCUGUCCGUACGACAGCUUCCUCUUCCCGAAGGGCAAGUGCUACGAUGCGCUUAACAGUGCUUACUCCCAGUUCGGGGACAUCAAUCCUUACGACAUCUCCACCAGCCCCUGCCACCAGAUUGGAUCCCUCAAGCACAAUCUACAGUAUCCUCUGCCAUGGAAAUUUAGAGGGAACGAUCAAUGCAUCAUAUUGUACACCACGAAGUACUUGAAUCGGCUUGGUGUCCAGAAGGCUCUCCAUGCUAAUGUCUCUCGGAUCCCCCGUCGGUGGACUAGUUGCAGCAACGCUAUAAGGGCAAAUUGGACCGAUUCUCCGAAAUCCGUGCUUCCGAUAUUCAAGGAACUUAUAGCUUCUGGUAUCAGAAUUUGGGUCUUCAGUGGUGACAGGGACGCGGUUCUGCCGCUGACCGCAACCCGGUACUCCCUUCAAGCUUUGAAGCUGAAAACCGUUACUAGCUGGUAUGCUUGGUACAACGACCAUCAACAGGUCGGAGGAUGGGCCGAAAUCUAUAAUGGGCUGACAUAUGUGACAGUGAGAGGGGCAGGGCAUGAGGUGCCUUUAGGGAAACCAAAGCUUGCACGUCUACUCCUCAGGCAUUUCUUGAAGGAUGAGCCCUUACCCAAGCUUCCCAUAAUAUAGAGGAAUUGACAAUUGUUAACUUUAUCUUUAUUUUAUUUUAAAUUCACUGAGAUUUUCUUUUUGAAGAUUUCACUUUUCCUGUGUUAUGAAUUUUUUCCCCUUUUAGAUCAUAAGAAAUAAAAGAGAAAAAGGAUGUAACAUAUAGUCAUUCCUUUGAUUCGCUUUGCUUGUAGAAACUAGGAAUGUAAUGGGAACCCAUUCUUUUCCUCC